CACACACGCUCUUCAAGAAUUAGGGUUUCUAUUUUUCUUGAAUCUAAUUCCAUAAUCCAAAAAUAUGAAGAGAUCUUCGGGUAAAAAGGAUUCAAAUUUCAUAGAGCAAUUGAUACUUUACGUCGCUAGUGCUGCAUUGAGUAGCUUGGUUCUCUAUGUGGGUCUUAGAGCUAUUGACCCCAACCGUGACGCUGCUAAAAAGUCUCUCGAGCAUAAGAGAGAAAUCGCCAAACGUUUGGGUCGUCCUCUUAUUCAAACCAAUCAGUACGAGGAUGUGAUAGCUUGUGAUGUUAUAAACCCAUUACAUAUUGAUGUGGAGUUUGGUUCUAUUGGAGGUUUGGAUGCGAUGAAGCAAGCUUUAUACGAGCUUGUGAUUCUACCAUUGAAAAGACCUGAGCUUUUUGCUUAUGGGAAGUUACUUGGUCCACAAAAAGGUGUUUUGCUUUAUGGUCCUCCUGGAACUGGGAAGACGAUGCUUGCUAAAGCCAUUGCUAGAGAGUCAGAGGCUGUUUUCAUAAAUGUUAAGGUUUCGAAUCUGAUGAGCAAGUGGUUUGGUGAUGCACAGAAGCUUGUGGCUGCUGUAUUUAGCUUGGCGUACAAACUCCAACCUUCCAUUAUUUUUAUCGAUGAGGUGGAUAGCUUUCUUGGCCAGCGCCGUUCGACUGAUAAUGAAGCAAUGUCGAAUAUGAAAACUGAGUUUAUGGCUUUAUGGGAUGGAUUUACUACAGACCAGAAUGCGAGGGUGAUGGUUCUUGCUGCAACUAACAGACCUUCAGAGCUCGAUGAAGCAAUAUUGAGGCGUUUUCCUCAGGCCUUUGAGAUCGGAAUGCCUGAUUGCCAAGAGCGAGCACAAAUAUUGAAAGUGAUUUUGAAAGGAGAGAGGAUUGAACCAAAUAUCGAUUAUGAUCAUGUAGCUCGCUUAUGUGAAGGUUAUACUGGAUCAGAUAUCUUUGAACUCUGCAAAAAAGCAGCCUACUUCCCAAUUAGAGAAAUCCUAGAGGAGGAGAGAAAGGGCAGACAAGUUUCGGCGCCUAGGCCAUUAACACAAUUGGACUUGGAAAAGGUUCUUGCUACCACAAAGAAGACUCAGGUUGCCGCAAGCGAGUACUCUGGUUUAAGCUCGCAAUCUUCCGUUUGGAGAAGCCAGGCAGAUCCCGACGAAGUCCAAGCAGCUAUAAACGGCAUCUCAAAGCUUUUUGUCUCUCGGAUGAGAAACCUUGAGCCAGAUUCCCAGGAUUCAUAUCAACAUGAUUCAGAAAGAGAUUCGGAAUAGAGGCUCUUGACUGAAGUUUUGUAUAGCCACAAAAAAGUAAACCAAAGAGAUUUAUACUUUGCAAUCCUCAAUAUAGCUCUUGUGCUGAAUAAGUUGGUGCAUUUCUUAAGGAUGCCUUAAAGUUGUUGUUUUUAGGAAAUUAAAUUCACUUGAACUUCAUUUCUAGUUCAAGCAAUGUUCUAUACAUUUAUACAAAUUUGUGUUUUUUUUCC